AUGAUUGAUUCUCUUUCUUUUUUGAGGCAAAGGCCCUCUUUGUUUUUUGUUUUGUGUUUGGGUUUGUGCGCGUGGACGGUGUCGUGUCCCCCUGCCAACGUUGGACCAGCGACAAGAGACGACCGGACCGGCACCGGCAGAUCAAACAUUCAUCUUUCAUCAAAGAAAAGACCCGACUUUUCUCCUCUCCUCUCCUCUCCCCUCUCCGCCUCCGUCCGACUGCGUCGCGGGAGAAUCCAAGCCAUGGCCGGGCACGCCAAGCUCCUCCUGUACAUUGUGGUGGUGGACGAGAGUGGCGCCUCCUUCCGCUACACCCGAUCCCUCCUCCACAGCACGCUCCAGCUCAUGGGAUGCAAGCCCAGGCACGCAUUCGAGAUUAGCCGGCGGGUGUUCGAUGUGGUCCGCGGCGACCCCGCGGAGAUGGAGAUGCUCAUGGCCAUGUCCGGCAGCCAAGGGGGCAGAGGGGUGCAGCGUUACGAGCUGCCGGACGCCGCCACCAGCCCCAGGCAGUUCCAGUUCGAGCUCUACAAGCGCCGGACGACGGUGCUCAUCCCCAGGGACCUCUUCCUCCACCUCGUCUGCCAGGCCCUGGCCCUCUACAAGUACCUCGCCCCAAACCAGAGGAACCACCUCACCCUAGCCUGCAGGAUUCGUGAAAGAAAGGAGUCCGUCACGGUUCUUCUAUGCGGAACAAGUGGUUGCGGCAAGUCCACCCUUUCUACUUUGCUGGGGAGCAGGUUAGGGAUCACCACUGUAGUUUCCACAGAUUCCAUUCGCCACAUGAUGCGGAGCUUUGUUGACGAGAAGGAAAACCCCCUUCUCUGGGCAUCCACUUAUCAUGCAGGUGAAUGCCUCGACCCGGUGGCUGUUUCUGAAGCAAAAGCCAGGCGGAAAGCAAAGAAACGCUCGGGCGUCUCAAGCAACUCAGGUAUGGAUUAUGAGGGCAGCGGAGACAAGGUUGAGGGAAAACCAAUUGGGAAGAAACAAAUGGCUAUAGAAGGUUAUAAGGCACAGAGUGAGAUGGUCAUCGACAGUCUGGAUCGGCUUAUCACCGCGUGGGAAGAUCGCAAAGAAUCGGUCGUUGUUGAGGGUGUUCACUUGAGCCUUAAUUUUGUGAUGGGCUUAAUGAAGAAACAUCCAUCAAUAAUUCCUUUUAUGAUCUACAUAUCCAAUGAGGGCAAGCACACUGAGAGGUUUGCCGUACGUGCAAAGUACAUGACGCUUGACCCAGCCAAAAAUAAGUAUGUCAAAUACAUCAACAACAUUAGAACCAUCCAAGAGUACCUCUGUAGCCGAGCUGACAAAUACCUAGUUCCCAAGGUGAACAACACAAACGUUGACCGGAGCGUGGCUUCCAUCCAUGCCACCGUCUUUAGCUGCCUCCGCAGGCGAGCUACCGGAGAGCAGUUGUAUAACGCUGACACAAACACAGCGGCGGCUGUAAAUGAAGAGUACAAAAACCAAUGUGUUGCCAACUCCAUGAGUUCCAAGGGGAUGUUCAAAUUAAUCCAGCGCCUAGGAUCCUCAAGGAAGCUCAUGGCCAUCGUUGAUGUGGAUGGAUCCGUUUCAAAGGCUUGGCCGGUUGAGUCAGGUGAUGGGGAUGGGAAAUGUGGUUCCCAAGGUGGCGGAGACCAGAAAUCUCUAGGAAACCCAAUAUAUGGACCUCUGAAUAUUGGAAGGGCGGAGUCGGUGAAUCUCCAGUUUGGCUCCUUUGGAAUAAGUGCAUGGCCUACCGACACAGGCUGUACAAGUCAAGGUGGAAGUGUCGACGGCUCGUGGAUCAACGGUAAUGAAGGCAGUAGCAGCAGCCAUGUUGCAUCUUCAUCCGGCGGCUCCCCUAAGAAGGCCGAUGGACAUCAUAAAGAGAUUAAAGAGUCAGCAGCAGCAUCUGGCAGUGACGAUGACGACGAAGAAGAAGCUGAUGUUCCACCUAAUUCAGGGAGUGAUGAGGACCUAAGCGAAGAAGAUCACGACGAAAACCAUGAUGAGAUGGAAGGGUCUGUGGACGAGGACUGCAACAGGUCCGACGAGGAAUACGACGACCUGGCCAUGCGGGACAGUAUGGAGAAUGGUUAUCUGAGCGACGACGGCAUCAUGGUGCACACCGGCCUAAGCAAAUGCCUGAGCAACAGGUUUCCGGACGGCAGCCAGCAUAAUAACCGCGGCACGCCGAGGAAACACCUAGAGUCUCUGCGAAGCCUGUCGAAGGUUGAUACCAGCACACAUGUUCCUGACACGGCGCGCUCUUGUGCUGCCGCUGCCGCUGCCGCUGCCGCUACCCCUGGUGGCAAGAGAAACACGGCUAGGAAGUGGAGGCGGUCCCUGAGCGAAAAGAUCCGUUCGCGGCCGCGGAGCUGCCCCUCUCUCGCGGAAGUGGCAGCCAAGCCCAAGGGCUCAGCUGCUGUUCCAGUGGUUCCUGAGUCUUAA